UGGAGUAGCAUGUGACAUCUCAGGGCAAAAUAUGUGUGGCUUGGCAAAGAUGAAACUCAGGAAUGGAAGAAUGACCUCUUGAGUGUUUCAAGGCUGCAAGGGAGGAGAAAAAGAACUUUUUUUUGAGAUAGAAAAUGAAUGCAGUUGAGACUGACAAAAUUCAAUUUUUUCAUCUCUUAAUUACAUGGGUGAAAAUGAGAAACUCUGAGAAAAUGAGAACAAUGAGGUUUUGAAAUGGCCUUCCAUUGGGUAGAUUCCAGUCCUGUAAGCUAAUUCUAAAAGAUUUGUGUAAAAAUCUCUUAAUAGGUUCUUCAUCUGAAAAGCUUUUCCUGAGCCAUAUUUAUUAACUCUAAUUUAUCUGGACUGAAGUUAACUGAAGUUAAAAAUACUUAUUAUGUGGAUUUCAGUUGCCUGUCUUUAUUUCAGUAUUAAAUAUCUUCAUGCAGUGUGUUUACGCAUUUAAGACCAUGUAUGUCAGAUGUCUGUGCACAGAUGAGUGUGAGAACAAAUUAAUCGAGAAUAUGAGGAAAGGAUCAAAGAUUUUCCCCAGUGCUUCAUACUCUGGUUGGGCUAUUGCCAAUUCUAUAGCAGCAUGGUCAUUAAUGAGAUGUAAAACACAGCUAUAACUGAGUAAGUGAAAACAGGAGACUGAACCUAUGUGUGUUUUUUGUCUCAUACUGCAGGAUGAAGAAAUGCGUAAAGAUUAUGACUACAUGUUGGAUCAUCCUGAAGAGUAUUACAGGCAUUAUUAUCACUACUAUAGCAGGAGAUUGGCACCUAAAGUGGAUGUCAGGAUAGUGAUUCUAGUUGCAGUGUGUGCCAUCUCUGUGUUUCAGUUCUUCAGCUGGUGGAGUAGUUACAAUGAAGCUAUCAACUACCUAGCUACUGUGCCAAAAUACCGUAUACAAGCUACUGAGAUUGCCAGGCAACAAGGUUUACUCAACAAGACUAGAGAGAAAGGAAAGAACAGGCGGUCUAAAGAAGAAAUUCGUGAAGAAGAGGAAGAAAUCAUCAAAGACAUUAUUAAAAAUAAAAUAGAGAUAAAAGGCGGUUAUCAGAAGCCCAAGAUAUAUGAUAUCCUUCUGUUUCAGAUCAUUCUUGCUCCUUUUUACUUGUUAAAAUACAUAGUUUGGUGCAUUUGGUGGAUUUAUUGUUUCACUAUUAAAGGGCAAGAGUAUGGUGUGGAAGAGAAGCUGUAUAUCAUACGAAGGUACAUGAAAAUGUCUCAGUCUCAGUUUGACAGCCUAGAAGAUCAUCAAAAAGAGAUAUUUCUUGAACGGCGACUGUGGAUACGAGAAAACUAUGAGGUCUAUAAACGAGAACAAGAGGAGGAGUUAAAGAAGAAGAUGGCCAUGGAUCCCCGAUGGAAGAGAUAUCGGCGGUGGAUGAAGAAUGAAGGGCCUGGGAGACUGACUUUUAUUGAUGAUUGAAAGUUGCUGAACAAGAUCUUUGCUCAUGUUGAAAGUUAUUUGCAAAACUUUUCACUACAUCAUUCAGAGUUUUGUUUGCUGUGAAUCAGCAGUGACCUAAAACUCAGGAAUUAUUGAAUCAGGCCUAAAAAUACAGGUUUACCAUUUUUAUAAAUCAGACCUAUUAAACAGGCUCAGCUCAAUGUAUAUAUGCCAUUUACUUGGGGAUAUCAGUGUGACAUUCAUUAUUCCAAAUGAUGUAUCUUCUUUACAUAUUUCAUAUUAUCAGUGGAACUAUAAAUUUAGUCUUUCUGAAAAUGUUUCUAGAUUAGUCUUUGAAAGUCCUGUGUUUUUCCUCUUAAACUGCAAGCGGACACUGGAAAUGCUUAUAAAGGCUUCUGAAGCAAUGUCUAUUUUCUGUUUUCCUCUUCCCCCUACUUUAAAAUCUAGUUUCUAAGGUGCCAAAUUGUUUUUGAUGUAGACAAUAUGGGGAUUAUACCAGAGUUCUCUUGCUAUUCUUAUGCCAGUUGCAAACUAGUUUUGUUCUUUGAGGGAUGAUGUAUGAAUGAUCGCUGUGAUGUAAACAUGCCUUAAUGCUUUGCUUUACAGUGUGGUCCAUGAAAUACUAUGUUUAGAUCUCUUGCUUUUGUUUUCUUAUCUUUUAUGUUGGAUUGUAGGUUCUUGUUCAGAACGAGUAUACCAGUGAAUAUUAGUCUACUAAAUGUGAUAUUUCUUUCACCAAAGUAUUGGUAAAAGGGAAAAUGACCCUUUUGUUAAAAGGGGCAGUUUAGAUGCCUUAUGUAAAUAGAAGUUUAUGUAAUAGAUACUGAUUUUGUUUUGAGUUCUAAAUCUAAAGUAUUCUUUAUUUCUUCUGAUCAGACUUCAGAGUACUUAGAAUAAAUAAUGCACAACAGUAUACUAUGGUUUCCUUUGUAAUUCAGCCCAGGUCAGAGUUUCCAUGAUUUGCUGGUAAAAGGGAUUCUGUUACUGUUCAGGAAUUCUACUGACAAAAGGGCAGGUGGGAAACAGAAGAAGCCUAAUUUGGCUGUUUUAUCACAUCUGUGAAAGCAAGUUCCUCAAAGUGUUUCUGCUGAAAACAGUGCUAGGUUAGCUAGCUCUUGAACUUGCUACUCCUGCCGAAGUCAAUAAUAGCAAAAAGUUUUAAAAUCUUUAUUUUUGAAGCAAGACAUUUCUGAUUCUGCAAAAGACAACCUGUCCUCAUUUUUUGCAGAAGAGUUUGUUCUCUAUGCCUCUUUUGCUAGCUUAGUUUUCACUAAUUCUUUUGGAAUGUAUUCUCAGUUUUCUGUUUAAAAUGUCUAUUCAAAAGCAUGUUUGAAGUAUUAUGCUAAAUGGUUCUGUGUGCAUUAGUAAAAUUGAACAGGAAUUGCAAGAUUGCCCUUUAUCUCUGCUGCAUGUACUGUAGCUAUAAACUUAAAUACAAAGUGAAUUAGUGGUCAAUUCAAAUUCAAAACUUGUUAAAAAGGGUGUCUAGAAUAAGCUAUGCUUGUUUUCAUGAAGUAAUCUUAGGAAUGCUUCAAAGAUGAAGUGAGAUACCUUCACAGUUUCAUCCCCCAAAACAGUCAGCUUGAAAGAGUGAAAGGGGGAAGAUUAAGUUGCUGAGAUAAAAACAAAGGGAAUAAGGGUAAGCAUGAGUAAAAUGGUGUUGAUUGGGUCAGUUUUAUCUGCAAAAGAACCAGGCAAGUGCAUGCAAGAGGAUCUAAACCUGUGGCUGCAGUUUCACAGGCUAACAGCUUUGCUCUUGCCCUCAUGCCUUGUUUUGCUCUCUCUUUCCCCUCCCAACCCAAGUAUUGAGGUUAUACAAAUAAGCAGUCAAAACACAGAUCUGUUUUCCCUUUUUGCCUAGGUUAGUUCUAAUCAAGAUUUAUUUCCUGAUUUGACACUACAGCAGUAGGGGAGGGGCAGUCUCUGGGGAGCACAGCACUGUGUCUGUUGGCAGCAGUGGUGUCUUGUCUCUGUAAAGCUGUGGUCUGAUCCUGAGUGAGCAGAGAAGGGAAGGUCAGCAGGUGUUUUCCAACCUGCUUGCUGGAUAGGAGCUGUUAUGCAGGCUCACCUUGGAGCUGACUUUUCUCAACAUAAAAGCCCUUAUGAAAAUAACCAGAUGCAGACAUAAAUUCAUGGACUGCAGCAGAAAUUUCCUGGGCAGUGACACUGGUCACAUCUCCAUAAUAAGGGAUAGAAAAAAACCCUGUGUCUUUACAAAACUGUCAGUGUUACAGUGACACAUUAUCUGAGGCUACUGAGCAUUUCUAGCCUAACAUCUCAUUGUGGUUCUAAAUUAUGUCUGUUUUCUGGGCAUAAAUUUUCAGGUCCUAUUAAAUCUUGAAAUAAAGUUGAUAAACCAAUCAUAUACAUAAGGGAAAAAAAAAAAGCAGGAAUGAGACUGCUGAGAGUUACAAUACUAUACCUAGUAAAGCCCAUGUAAAUUUGAUAUGAUUUCAGAGAAGAGUGCUUACAUGAGCAAGUAUUGCUGGUACUGGGUAGCAGCAAGAUCUUUGUGUGGAAAAGCAUGGCAAGGUAGCAGCAUCUUGGAGAACCACUGUACUUCCUAUCAGCUUUUUUCAAAGAACUGUAUCUGUUUUGUAACAUGUAUGUAUUUUC